UUAGGAGUGGACAGAUUCCUAGAGGGAAGAGCUCCACUGGGAUCGAUACAUCCUUCAAAUCUCAAAUUAAAAAAGCUUCAAUUUUCUUUUGAGGAAGGGAUGAAUAGAAAUAAAUCAAACAUCAAAGGAGGCAAAUAUAAAAAACAGGGUGCUCAUCAAUUAAAGCGGAUCUUGUCAGCGAAACGAAACAUUUUACAAGAAAGGAAAAAGCGUCUUAACGAUGAUAAAUGCCACAUUAGACGAAUCACAAACAAUACCACCUUGCACUCAGGUAUGGAUGCUGGGAAAUUCAAAUCACAUGGAAAAUCAAAGAGCAUUUCAGCUUGUGCGAGGCUGUGUUGUCGAGACCAACUGUGUGAUAUCGCCGUUAUAAUGACUGGUCGCUGUUACACUGUGCAAUGUUAUAGCAUGACGGACUGCCAAUCAAAACCUUUAGAGAGCAAAGCUACUAAUAUUGUGAUAGCAUACGUUUACAAUCCCAGGAAAGCGUUCAGCAAUGAGAGCAGACGUAGGAAGCGAAAAGAAAUUAGCAAGAAAACCGUCGUGUCCAAUCCUAAUGAAGGUAAUGAUUAAUAAAUAAUACAUCAUAUGACAAAACAGACAAUUUAUAACUAACCUUAAGUGUCAAUUACACUCUUCAUAUCUUCUCGUUCCUAUAACCCACGCGUUACAAGGGUAAGGAGACCACCCUACCCCUCAUCGGACAAUGACACGGAAACAGUGAACUCAGAUAGUUCACUAAGUCUUAGCUAUUUGUAAAAAGACCGCGUUAUCAACUUAAGUUCGAGAGUAUGGUGGUCUCCUUCACUGCCCUCCAUUGGAUGACGGAGAUUAAUUCAGCGCCUGUGUGGAAACAUUUUUAAAAAAAUUCCAUUUUUUCCGAUGUAUGAUAGUCAUAUCGGCCCACUGUCAUUAUCCAAGAAAAGCUAAAAUAAUUAUACAAAACCACAAUUUCAUUUUUCCCACAUCUUUUGAGGGAUAUAAGCGUGCCCACUCUCUUUGGUUUUGAAAUGAAAUGCAGAGCGCUUCUCCUUUAAGCAAUACUCAACCUAUUUGUAGUUGAAAACGAGCAGAGAAUUUAUACACCCAGGUUCGAAUUCUCAUUUCAGGUAACAUAGGCGAUAUUCUUGGAAAGAUUAGGUUCCUGAACGGUCCAUCUACUGUAACAUCAGACAUGCACUUCAGUUUUCUCCAACAGUGCGCUCUCUAUGUUGAACCAGAAAAUGUAACAAAACCUGUUCAUGGCUGGGUUACUCCACGAUAUUCCCCCGUUAAAUAUCUUUACCAGGCUCCCAGGAGUACACCUCCGCCUCUUGGUAUGAGAUCUGCCGUGCCUCUUGGAGGAAUGGGGACAGGUGAAGUAGUUGAAAAAAGGGAAAUAUGUUGAUCUAUUAAGAUCUAACGCUAUCAAGACACUUGGAGUGUGUUUGGUGCUAUCGUCUCCUAGAAGUGAUAAGUGGGUCGUAACGUCCAUUAUCCAGCGGUGAUAAGAAUAGAAAAAGCCUUUCAGCGAGAAGUUGAUAUCUUGAUGUAACAAAACAUAUUUUUAAAAAAAAACAUAGCAACUGGAAGGAAGAAUAGCUUUUGUAACUUGGCUUGACCAUAUUAAAAAACUCUAAGAGGUAGAAUGGCGCUGCAUUGCUUAUGACUUCAGCUUCUUCUUUGUUUCGAAGGAUCGUUAGAGCUUAGAGCCGACGGAUCAUUUCAUGAAUGGACCCUUGAGAACCAGUCACCAGGUGGAUCGGCCAAACUUGGCCCAGGCGCAUUGGAUAAAACAGUGCUUGGUGUAAGAGUGAGUUCCUCUUUGGGAACAAAAGCCGCCCUCUUGAGAACACACCCUCCUCCUGGGUACCCUGGUGUGAAGGGCUUGUCAUACUCAGGAUCUUUUCCAGUGUCAAGACUUAGUGUUAAGGAUGAAAGAUUUUUUGGAGUUGAAAUAGACUUGUUUGCAUACGGCACUCUCCGAGCGAGGAAAACAGAACUAUCAUUUGUUCCUGGAGUAGUUUUUACACUAAGUGUUAAAAAUCCAACUGAUAAGGAAGUGGAUGUGUCUUUCCUGUUGAAUAUUCCUCUUGGUGAGCAACCAGGUGCGAUCAAGAACUGAAAUUGUGUAGAAAUAUUAACGUAACUUUCAUAACUGAUUCAAGACCCGGAGUGGUGAGAUAGUUAAGAAUAAUUUUUAUAGCCUAAUGAAGAAAACUUAAUUUGCAUGUUUUUCUUCCUUACUUCUCUAAUUCCAGUAGGUAUCUGUCCUCGUUCGUCUUUGGAAAAACUACUAAUAUAUCCACUAAUUCUAUUUGUUCUUUUAUCUAUUUUAAUCAUUAUUGCACAAAGGUAUAUGCGUUAUGAUUCAAUUACAGCAAAUAAGAAGUUAUUCCGAUUGAACAAAUCUAUAAGUAUCGUCACUAGUUCCCCUGAACGUCUUGAGCGUCAACUACACCUUGUGGUGGAAGUUAACUGAUAAUCUUUUUUCAAAGUUACCUUUCGAAGUCAGUAAGUAUUUUUUUUUGUUUUUGCCUUUUGUUUAGACACGUCAAGAAGAGGCGACAACAUUGAGACCAAAGUUGAUGUAGUGUCUUCAGCUCAGUGUGCAGCCAUGUGUAACGAGGAUGAUCGUUGCAUGGCCUGGAGCUAUGAAAAGGACAGGUGUUCGUUAAAAGAUGCAAUGCCACUUCACGCGUUUAAGGCGGGUGUCACUUCCGGUCAGUUGCUAGAAAUUGGGGUUUCUGCGUAAGCGCUGCAGCUGUCGAUGAGACUGGGGCGCGAAAAUCUUCUCCAAUGUUUUCUCUCUUAGCAGGCACUCAAAAAUAAUUUUAUUUAAUUUUUUUGAAAAGAAUACGACUGAAUUAAUAAUUGAGAGGGCAAACGAGAACGUACUUUACACCAUAUCUUCUCUAAUGUGACUCAGAGCGUAACGCAGGGCGCUUUGUGUCGCGUUUGGGGAGAGUAAAUUUUAGAAUUUUUGUUUAUUUAAAACAUCUUCUUUUAAAAAUACCGUCUAGGCGUUAAGGGACAGUGGAGAUUAAAGGAAGAAAUGCUAACUUGUGAAAGGCCCAACAAGUUCCCAAACAGUGGAAGCACUACGCUUCUGUCAAGCAAUACAAACAAACCAACAUUUGGCGUCACGGAUGACUUCCGGUCCGUUUGGGAAGCGUUUGAAUCGAGCGGAAAACUAAGAAAGAGGAUAGACUCUUCCGGCUUUCAUGGCACGAUAGCUGUUGGAGCAAGACUUCCUUCUGGUAUAAGUGAAACACUGACGUUCAUUUUAGCCUGGUAUUAUCCUUAUCGAGACCACUCAGGAAAAAGCGUUGGGCAGUAUUACAGGUAAUGUAUUGAAGCAAAGUACCGGACAGUCUAAAAUGCCAUUUGUUUUGGUUUGUCAUGAACUACUAAACAUAUAGUUCGAGUUAUCGAAAAUUAAUUGUUUAGAAAAUGACCUGCGGGGAAAUUUACAUUGCUUCGAUCUGGUGUGUGGUUUGAAUUAUCUAAAAUUCGAGUUAAUUAUCGUGGGUAAAACUAAUCGACUGAUAAUUGACGGAAAUCCAAUAGAAAUCGAUUUUGGUUUAAGGAAGCGCAAUGUUCGAAUUAGCGAGGGUUCGAGUAUCGGGAGUUGAACUGUUAAUCCCCACCGAUGUUCGAACACUCUCAAGCUCAUUUAUCGACAAAUGUAUGAAAUUCAUUUGGAGCUGAACAUGGAAAAGUAAGUGAGAAGAUUCUAGACGAAGAGUAACUCUGUUUUGAAGACAGGUUCCAAGCUAAGGUAAUAAUUUAUCAUUCAGCCAGUCCAGCGUGACUGGGAAAGUCCAUCUUCGACCAUUUAAGGCUCAGGAUCUUCUUUGAGAAACGUUUCUUGCAGAUAAAUAUAUGACUUAACUCAAAUUAAGUUUGACUUGAUGAAUUUUCAAAAUUCUAUCAAAUAUUUCAGGUGUUUUGUUCGUCCCUGUUAAUCGAUAAAUUACUCUUGGUGUGAGUGAAAUUUGUACUUUUAGAGGGGAAUGAGCUUUUCAAAAAUGAAAAUAUUUAUUUAAAGGAAGAAAAUAUAAGUAAAAAAAGAAAUAGAGUGGAGAAAAAAAAAUUGUGCGACGAGGAUGGGAUUCGAACCCACGCGUGCAGAGCACAUUGGAUUAGCAGUCCAACGCCUUAACCACUCGGCCACCUCGUCAGGUACAUGUUACUGGGUGAAAUUUAUUUAUUUAUACAUUUAUCCUUGAUAGACGCUUAAAAAUUUACAUAAUCACGCGCCGUCACAAAACAGUAAUUGGACUAUCUCUAUUAUCCUUUUCUUCUUACAACUCCGGAGGAGGAUUCUAAUCGAUUCGUUGCUUAGCAAGCAAAUUAGCAUUUAAACUCAUAAUUUCUAUGUUUUGUUUUAAAUAGCAACCUUUUCAACUCCAGCAGAGACGUAGCUGAGCACAUCCGAGACAACCUUCUCUCAAACUUGAAGGACAUCAUUUCAUGGCAUUCAAAUAUCAUUCCCUCGACGCCCUUCAGGACUUCCCUACGAAAUUAUGGUGUAAAGUCUUCUCUUCCUGAAUGGCUUCAGGAUCAUCUAGUCAACAGUUUGAGUUUUUGGAGAAGCGGAUUUCGAGUGGCUGACGGCAGGUAACUGUUAACAGUUUCUCUCCCAUCUUCAUGUGACAAAAGGAAGGAAAGAAAAGAACAUUACAUGAUAACAAGAAUUGAUUCCAGUAAUUAAAACGACCAUGUGCCUUCAUUUCUGUAAUUUUGAUUCCUCUUUUUUCUUCCAUCCAGAUGGCGGCAAUGGGAGGCACUAGACUGCAAUGAUGUCGAUUCGGUUCACAAUGAUUUCCAGAGGGAACUACCGUACCUCAUUUUCUUCCCAGAACUACUGGAAAACGUUGUGAGGGCCUGGGCUCGAUAUCAGCACCCAGGUGGAUGGAUACAGGAGACUCUACAGAUACAGUGGGGAUGCCAUAACCGUACAAACCGGUUAGAUACCCCAGGAGGAAGAGUCAUGGCUGAUGUCACGCCAGCUUUUUUAGCACAGGUAUCUGUAAAUAAGUAAAUAAAUGAAUAAAUUUAAAAUUGUGAAGAAGUUUGAAUAACCUCGUAUUUUAGGUUUUCAGACACAAAUGACGCAUUUUCAGGAGCCCAUCAAGUGAUGGGCUCCUGGCAUAUCACUGAACAUCUUGAACUCAAAUAUCUGGGUAGUUUGAACAUUUCUAAGAACUUUUACGUGUUGCCUUUUAUUCGGCUGAUUUCCCAGUCUAAUAUAUAGAUUACAGAAAUAAUCUUAUGAUUGUAGUUCUGGGAAGUUUUGCAUAAAUAUCAGCAUAAACAGACAAUUCGAAAGUGCAGUUAUAAGUCACAUUUGGGAGCCUAAUUGGCCUAAGCACUGUGUUAGAAAAGUGCUAGCCUUAUAGCUGCUAAUGCCGUCUACAGACAAGGGCAGUCAGCUAAAGGCUAAUCGUUCCCAAGCCAUUCUGGUUUUUUUCUCGCCAUAGUUCUACCAUCUUUACUUAUGGACGGGAAACCAACAGGUCCUUCGAGAUCUCUGGCCAGCAGCUCGCAAGGCACUGAUUUGGCUCAUGCGUGACAGCACAGGGGACUCGGGCCUCCCUUUACGUAAAACGUGCACUUACGAUAUUAUUUACCAAGAGGGCUACGACCACACGACGUACAACAGUGUUAUGUAUCUGUUAGGAUUAAGGGUGGGCCAAGUCCUUGCAGACACCUUAGGAGAAACUGAAUUGGCUCAGGCCAUUCAGCUAGCGUUUGAGUACGGAAAAGAAAAAUUGGACAGGACUUUAUGGGACGAGGAGGAAGGAUUUUAUCAUUCAUGGUGGGAUCACGAGAAAGGUUCUCCACCCUGGCUGAUGGCGGACUCUCUUUAUGGUCAGGUAAGUGAGAUGGAUUCAAUCUACGCGCUCACAGAGACAACUUCAAUCCCCGCUCAUGUAUGAAAUAGCUUUAUUUGAACCAUGGAUGGUGGGUGAUCAGUUGAUUUUCUGGAGUAAGAUGCAGCAACAGAAACUAAAACUGAAAAAAUAUAAAUAUAUUAUUGGUCCUCGAAGAAGCCUGGUCUCUAUUUCAUAUGGACAGAGGUAGUUUAAAAUUAUCAGUUAAAACUUCUACAGUGCCUUAAAGUUGACAAUAUGGAGAUUUGAUGUCAUGGUCCAAGCAAAGUCAGUCGCUGAUUAGUCCACUAAACACAAAAACUAAAAAAAACCGACCUUGUUCCAAAACAACAAAAGUAAUGGUGAAAAAGAAUGUUUCGCUCUCCCUACGUUUUCCUUAUUUCUUCUGUUUCAGGUUUGGGCCUACGCCCUAGGUCUUGGACACCUUCUUGAUCCUAUCAAAAUGAAAAUGCACCUGAAUAAAGAGAGACAGCUAAAUGGCACACCCUACGGACUUCGCGUGCUUGCUCAAGGGAUCAAUAAAAGAACAACGAAGACUGAUAAAAAUGCACAGCAAAAACUUAGACAAAAGUGGAAAACACGCAAACAAGAGGAGGCCGUAGCAGAUUUGGGCAGCUUCUCCAACCAAAUUUCAGAAUUGAAAGAUCCACAUUUUAAUAAACUAUCAAAUUUUACAGCGAAGGAGAGUCAGCUAAGGACAAAAAUGUUCUACGAUAAUGAUAAAAUAAAUAGACACGCUGCACAUCAUUUUUCAGCGAUUAAAACAUCAGUGACGAAGAUCGACAUGAAAAUACAAAGAAGAAAACUAAAUGGAACAGGCAAAAUUGUGGAUAACCAAUUCAAUUCAACAUCAAAUUCAAUUCUAUCCGUUACACAAAAAUCUCUUCAACACGAAAACUGCUUUGCCCUUGAACAGGAGAGCAAGUUUAAUUCCAUUUGGAUGGGAAGCGAUGCAGAUUGGACCACUCUCAACAUCCAUCUAGGAAUGGAUCCUUCUAAAGCUCUAAAACAAGCUGAAAGAGCUCUGGAACAUUACAGAACCAAACUGAACGACCUAUGGAAUAUCCACGGUUUGACCGCUGGUCAGGGUUACGGCGUAGACGGCCAGCCGUGGUGCACGUCGCAUUAUAGUUUCCACAUGGUCCUUUGGCACAUACCGUUGGCUCUUUCUGGCCAGCAGUUUAAUGCAAUAAAACAAAUAUUAAUUUUUGAACCGAAAUUGCAGGUCCCGUAUAAUCUUCCGUUCUUCACUCCUUUCGCUAGUGGAACAGUUCAAGCAAGGAAGCUAAAGGAGAGAAUUAAGCUUACUGUGACCGUGACAUCCGGGAGACUGGAGCUGAAGUUUUUAGCUGUAUCAAAAAGUAUGUUUCCAAACAAAAACGUUGAAAUACGUGAGGGUGAAUUUGUAAGUUGGGAAAUGAAAUGA